AUGUUUGGUUUCAUUAGUAAAUCUUGGCGAUCUAAUCUCUUGUUCCUAUCUCUCUUGUUUGUUUUGAUAGGAUUCACCGCGGCCGAAUCGGCAAAUGUCGUUGAGGUUGAUAGUACCAGUACCAGUAUAGAGUCAGAUAAAGCUACUGGUGCCGAAGCAGUAGUCGGUAAAAUCAAAGAUCUGAUCAAAGUAGCUAUCAAUGGACCUGAUCCUAAUAUCUUGAUCGAAAGAGAUGCCAAAGACGGUAUUGAGAGAUUGACAGAUGAUAAUUAUGUUGAGAUGGUCGAACACCCUUUUGGUGGAGGUAAAGAGGAUGAAUUUUGGGUUGUACUUGUUCAUGGAAAAUUAAGCGAUUUACAUACGGAAACAAUCAUGGACUAUCACAAGAAUGCAACAGAUUUAGCCAAAGCAGAUUCUGAACUAAACAAUGUAAGAUGGGCAAGAUUAGAUUAUAUCACUUCUUGGAGAACUUGUACUAGGUGGAUGUUAUUCAAACCACCAAUUAUAGUGAUCAUUUCGGAUCAAGGUAAAACAUUGAGAUUCAUCAAAACAAUUUCAUUAGGUAAAGAACCUGAAAAUUUGUAUAAUGUGAUGAAGAAGGAUAUAUAUAAAGUUGUCACUCCUUGGGAAGGUAGAUGGUCUCCCAGUGGUAAUCGAUCAUUCCUGCUAGAAUACUAUAUAUUCGUUCAAGAAAAAAUAUCAAGGGUCACCAAUAGGAUUCCAUCUUGGGCCAUGUUACCUCUUUCAGGUCUAUUCGCUCAACAAUUGAUGGCUUGGUUACAUGGUACUCCGACACCUCCCAAUGCAGUGACCAGAGAACAAACCGUCACGAUCACUGAAGAGAAAAAGGAGGAUUAG